AAUAGCAUUAGCCGUCAGCCGCAGUGGUCCAGGGAAAUCGAUUGAAUAGCGGUAAAACCUGAACGUGAGCAAUGUCGGAUGAAGAAAGAAUAAGCAAGAUUAAGGCUGUAAUUGGAGUUUAUCCAGACUAUCCCAAGCCGGGCAUAAAUUUUAGGGAUAUCUUCCCAGUUCUCAGAAAUGCAGAAUUAUUAGAAGAUCUGGUGGCAUUGCUUGUAGAACAAAUAAAGAAUCAAGUUCCAGAUGUAGAUGUUAUUGUUGGUCUUGAGGCCCGGGGGUUUUUGUUUGGACCGCUUGUAGCACAGAAACUUGGCAUUGGAUUCGUGCCAAUUCGCAAGAAGGGAAAGCUACCAGGGGAGUGCUGUCAGGUUUCCUACACUCUGGAAUAUGGAACAGAUGUCUUUGAAGCACAGAAAGAUUCUAUAAAACCAGGACAGAAAGUUGUAAUCAUCGAUGACCUUUUAGCAACAGGAGGGACCAUGUCAGCCGCUUGCCAGCUUGUUGAGAAGUUGAAAGGACGUGCAUGUUUAUGUGUGGUGGUCAUUGAACUUGUUGAUCUCAAGGGCUCUGCCAAGUUCACCAUACCCUCAUUUUCGCUAGUCCAGAUUUAACUCUUCCAUAUUCAACUCUUCCAUAUUCAUAGCUAAUCAAGAUAGAAAUUGAUUCUUUAUUUUUUUACUUACUGUAAUUAGGUUCAUUGAUUGUUCUAAUCUCCUACCUAUUAAUAUUAUGUGUCUACAGUAUGUUGUAUAAAUGUAAGGCAGCAAAGACUCUAAACCAAUACAAUAGUUUGCAUUUCCUCUGCUAUCGUCAAACUUUUCCUGUGGUACAUUACAGAGCAGCGCUAUUGCGACCAUACUGAAGAGAAAGCUGUCAAACUUGUACAGGUCUCUGGUGGUAAUAAGUAAGUUAUAAGUUUCUAAUACAAGUGACUCUCAGGUAAAACACAGUAGUUAUUAAAAAUUCAACUUUGUUCAACA